AUGAAGUUGGUACGGUUUCUUAUGAAUGUCCCCAAUUCCACAAACCAACCUAUUACAGUAGAACUAAAGAAUGGAAAUAUUGUAAAUGGAACGUUAUUAUCAGCAAAUCCACAAAUGAAUCUCAAUUUGAAAAACGUCAAGCUACAACAACUAUAUCAAGAUCCUAUUUUGCUACAGUUUAUCAAUAUCAGGGGAAAUCAAAUUAGGCAGAUUUUGUUACCUGACGACUUGAACAUUGAUGCUGUAUUGGAGAAAUCGCAAACGAAAAUAAAAGGGCAUGGUGCAGGACCAGGCGCCAAGCCGGUGUUGAGAAGAGGGGGCGCGGGAGUAGGAGGUGGAAGAGGUGGAGGUGGGGGCAGAGGGGGCAGAGGAAGGGGCAGAGGAAGGUGA